GGAACCCCAGUGAUUGGUCUGCUUUCAUCAGCUCACUGUGAUGAGAAUAACUGGGAAACGAGUUCUGCUUUUAAUCCAGCCCAUUUCCUGGAUGAGAAAGGCAAUUUUAGAAGGAGAGAGGCCUUUAUCCCAUUCUCUCUAGGGUCGAGGGUUUGUGCUGGAGAGAGUCUGGCCAAGAUGGAGGUUUUCCUUUUCUUCGCUUCCCUCCUCCAGCGCUUUCGAUUCACUCCUCCACCUGGAAUGACUGGAGAUGACCUGGAUCUGACACCAGUUGUAGGGUUCACCCUCACCCCUUUACCUCAUAAGCUCUGUGCCAUCAGCAGAUUUUAAAGAUUAAAAGUGUAGAACACACAAGUGCUAUUUUUCUUUAACCAUUUUGGUUACACAAAAACGCAAACAACAAGCUGUAGGAGUUUGAUCUGCUUGUUCUUAUCAAAGGUAUUGUUGUCAUUGUUAAAAUCAAGUUUGCUGUUUUUAAACACACCUAUCAUAAAUCCCCUUAAUGAAGUUUUUAAAAUUUGGCUACAAACACCAUGGAAUCAGGGAUGAAUUAAUUAGAUUUUGGUGGUCUAAAGCCACUGUAACCUCAUGAAACAUUUUUGGCAAUAAAUCAAGAAUUCAAUAAAGAAGCAAGGAUAUUUUUAUUAUCCCUAAAGGACAAUUUGUUGUUCAGACAGCAGAAAUCACACAACCAUCAAGCAAAAUGCAA